AUCUCGUGCCAGCCAAUUGCGUCGCGCACCAAGCUGUGCCUGGCGGGGUUCUGGGUGAUCGCCGGGCCACUGUUCCAAUCACGGUGCCGGUAGGAGGGGUUCUGGGGACCCGGGGGGUGUGUCUGAAGAAUGAGAGUCUGCAGCUGCAUAUUGUGUCCAAGUCGGGGAGUAAUGGCAUGAGUACAGUGCUUUACGCAAUUUAGGCAAGCUUAUUUUUUUAAGGGGAGCGUGUGCUGGAAAUUCUUAGUCUAUUCGACCUUUUUCUGCUUUCACGUCAGUCACAAAUUAAACCMGAAGGCAUAAAGAGGCGAGAUAAAGAAGACUCGGGCAAAGUGAGAACUUAUUCAGAAGCAAAGAAAGUCCCCAAAGUCGCAGGCUGGGGAGCCGUCAGAUGCAAACGAUUCAUCCUUUCUGGCUGCUGAGGAAGGAUACGUCGCUGGACAUGUGAAUUUAAGGGAGCUACCUGCCAAGCACAACAAUGAAACCAACYACUGCCCUGUGUUGCCUCGGCUUUCUCCUGACAAGCCUCCUGUUUGGGUUCGGCUGUUCACAAUCAGUAUGUGCGGGCACAGAGAACAAGCUAAGCACUCUGUCGGACCUGGAGCAGCAGUAUCGCACCUUGAGGAAAUACUACGAGAACUGUGAAGUCGUAAUGGGCAACCUUGAGAUCACGAGCAUAGAUCGCAGUCGGGAUCUCACCUUCCUCAGAUCUAUCCGAGAAGUGACAGGCUAUGUGUUGGUGGCUUUAAACCAGUUUGACUUCCUACCUUUGGAGAACUUGAGGAUCAUCCGAGGAACCAAACUGUAUGAGGACCGCUACUCACUUGCAAUCUUCCUCAAUUACAGACGAGAUGGAAACUUUGGUUUGCGGCAGUUGGGUCUUAAAAACCUUACUGAGAUUCUUAAUGGAGGAGUGUAUGUGGACCAGAACAAGUUCCUCUGUCAUGCAGAUACGAUCCACUGGCAGGACAUUGUCAAGAAUCCACGAAUUCAUCCUGUUGUGGUGCCCACUAACAGUAGUGUCACAUGUCAAAAGUGCCAUCGUUCAUGUAAUGGCCGUUGCUGGGGCCCCAAGGAGGAUCAGUGUCAAAGCUUAACUAAGACGGUGUGUGCUGAACAAUGCGACGGACGUUGCUUUGGCUCCUACGUAAGUGACUGCUGCCAUCGUGAGUGUGCCGGGGGCUGCUUUGGCCCCAAGGACACAGACUGUUUUGCCUGUACAAACUUCAAUGACAGUGGAGCUUGUGUUACCCAGUGCCCUCAGCCAUUUGUUUACAACCCAACCACCUUCCAACUGGAACACAACCCCAGGGCAAAAUAUACCUAUGGAGCUUUCUGUGUUAAGAAAUGUCCUCAUAACUUUGUGGUGGACCAUAGCUCUUGUGUGAGAGCAUGUCCUAGUAAUAAGAUGGAAGUAGAGGAAAAUCGCAUCAAGAUGUGCAUCCCUUGUACUGACAUCUGCCCAAAAGCGUGUGAUGGAAUAGGUACAGCCAGCCUACAGACGGCUCAGACGGUGGACUCUAGCAACAUUGACAAGUUUGUCAACUGCACUAAAAUCAAUGGCAAUCUGGUGUUCCUUAUUACUGGAAUUAAAGGGGACGUCUAUCACAACAUUGAAGCCUUGGACCCAGAAAAACUCAACGUUUUUCGCACAGUUCGAGAAAUCACAGGCUACCUCAACAUCCAGUCCUGGCCAGACAACAUAACAGACUUGAGUGUUUUCUCCAACUUGGCAACGAUUGGGGGAAGAGCACUUUACAGUGGGAUCUCGCUGCUGGUGUUAAAGCAGCAGGGCAUCUCAUCACUGCAGUUGCAGUCCCUCAGAGAGAUCAGUGCUGGGAUUGUUCACGUUGCAGAAAACAGCCAGCUUUGCUACUACAACACAGUCAACUGGACCAGAUUGUUUCGCACAGCAAACCAAAAGGUUCUAAUUCGCAACAAUCGAAGCCCACAGGAAUGCUCCAGAGAACGCAUGGUGUGUGACCCAUUGUGUUCAGAUGACGGGUGUUGGGGUCCUGGUCCAGACCAGUGCCUGUCCUGCCGCUACUUUAUCCGUGGAAGAACCUGUGUGGAUUCUUGCAACCUUUAUGAAGGGGACAUCCGAGAGUAUGCCAACGGUUCAGUGUGUGUGGAUUGUGAUGCACAGUGCGAACGAGCAGAUGAUGACUCUUUGACCUGCCACGGCCCGGGCCCAGAACAUUGUGUGACAUGCCUCCAUUUCAAGGAUGGUCCAAACUGUGUGGAAAAGUGUCCCGAUGGCCUGCAAGGUGCCAACAGCUUCAUCUUUAAGUAUGCUGAAAUAAACAACGAAUGUCGUCCUUGCCAUGCCAACUGCACCCAGGGAACUCCUCUUAUUGCCGCAGGAGUGAUCGGCGGCCUCUUCAUGGCGGUCAUCAUGGUGUUGACUGUUGCUGUUUCUGUGCGCCGGAAGAACAUUAAAAAGAAGCGGGCCCUUCGUCGGUUUCUGGAAACCGAGUUGGUGGAACCUUUGACGCCCAGUGGCACAGCUCCUAACCAAGCCCAGCUGCGCAUCCUUAAAGAAACAGAACUUAAAAGAGUCAAGAUACUUGGUUCUGGAGCCUUUGGAACUGUMUACAAGGGUAUUUGGGUCCCAGAGGGUGAAACUGUGAAAAUUCCUGUGGCCAUCAAAAUCCUUAAUGAGGCCACUGGACCCAAGGCUAAUGUGGAGUUCAUGGAUGAAGCUUUGAUAAUGGCAAGCAUGGAGCACCCUCACCUGGUCCGACUUCUGGGCGUCUGCCUGAGUCCCACAAUCCAGCUGGUGACCCAACUCAUGCCACAUGGCUGCUUGCUUGACUACGUCCACGAGCACAAGGACAACAUCGGAUCACAGCUGUUGCUCAACUGGUGUGUCCAAAUAGCCAAGGGAAUGAUGUACCUGGAGGAGCGCAGACUCGUCCACAGAGAUUUGGCAGCCCGAAAUGUUCUAGUCAAAUCUCCAAAUCACAUCAAGAUCACUGACUUUGGACUGGCUCGGCUGCUGGAUGUCAACGAGAAAGAAUAUAAUGCUGAUGGAGGAAAGAUGCCCAUCAAAUGGAUGGCCCUGGAGUGUAUCCAUUACAGGAAGUUUACUCAUCAGAGUGACGUUUGGAGUUAUGGCGUAACUAUAUGGGAGCUGAUGACCUUUGGAGGGAAACCAUACGAUGGAAUACCAACCAGAGACAUUCCAGAUCUGCUGGAGAAAGGGGAGCGUCUUCCUCAGCCACCAGUCUGUACCAUUGAUGUCUACAUGGUCAUGGUCAAAUGCUGGAUGAUUGAUGCAGACAGUCGACCCAAGUUCAAGGAGCUGGCUGCCGAGUUCACUCGAAUGGCUCGUGAUCCCCAGAGAUAUCUGGUCAUCCAGGGGGAUGACCGCAUGAAGCUGCCGAGUCCCAACGACAGCAAGUUUUUCCAGAACCUCCUGGAUGAUGAGGAACUGGAUGACCUGAUGGAUGCUGAGGAGUACCUGGUUCCUCAUUCCUUCAAUGUUCCACCACUGGCAUACAAUCCUCGCACACGCAUUGACUCCAACAAGAGCCAAUUUAGCUGCCAGGAUCCCAGUUACAGCAUGGCGGACAUGCUGGCCACUCUCCCUAGAGUGGCUCCACCGGCAUGUGGAAGCAGCCUCCCGCCACAGGAACUCGCUGCUGGGGGGCAAAUGAGUGGUGGAUUUAGCCGUGGCAACCAGGAUGACCCUCGCUGCAAUGGAACCCUGAGGAAGCAGACCUCCCCGAGGUCAAACACGCUUGGAGCCGGUUCAGCUCUCACCGUAGGACAAGCUGCCAUAGAAGAGAGUAGUGGACAGCGUUACAGUGCAGAUCCUACUGGUCUUUUAGCUGAACGAAGUGAAAAAGGAGACAAGAACAUGACUGUCAAAAGGGACAAGAACACUUCAGAUUUUCUCCAGCCUAUCGAGGAAAACCCCUUUGUCACACGUCGUCGGAAUGGGGACGCUCACGUAGUGAUAGAUGGAUCAGGUUGUCACACCUUGCACUUAGCUGGGGCUGCUGCAGCCCCKCAAAACCAGUCCACUCACACAGAUGAUGAGUACAUCAAUGAGCCACUGUACUUGAAUACAUUCCUUAACCCCGGGGACAAAAAUGGAUUAGCUGGUGCAAUUUCCAUCUCUGCUUCAACCUCAUCAGCCGCACAAUCAGUCCUGCAGACAGCAAACCCGUCCGCAUCAAGCCACAUUGUUUCUUCUUCUGGAUACGUGGUAACCCCAGGUCUACUACCCCACCCGUCAUAUCCAUCGCACACGUUGCAUCCGGGACAUUCGGGACACACUCUGCAUUCAGGCAUCACCAGCAACACAAUAAUGUUUGAUAAGAAAGGCAAGAAAGCCACUUUUGACAAUCCUGAGUACUGGCAGCACAGUCUCCCRCCGAAGUCGACAUUGCACAACCCUGAGUACUUGCAGGACUGCAGCACACGCUUCUUCUACAGGCAGAAUGGACGCAUUCGCCCUGCUGUAGCUGAAAACCAGGAAUACUUAUCCGAGGCUGCUAUGAAAGCUGGCAAUGUAUUGCCACCCCCUCCUUACAGGCAGAGGAACACUGUGGUGUAGUGACCCCGCCUGUAGCUCCUGAAGGGAUGAACAAAGACAGGUGGUGGAGUUAAAUAGUUGUGUUUUUCAAUGRCAUACUUCCCCAACUGGGUUGUUCUUGCACCUUCUCUGAACACUUUUUUGUUUGUUUCGUUUUUCUUUGGUUUCAUUCAUUUGCAAACCUUCAAUGAAUCUGCCUUUUCAUGACAGAUCUACAACAACGGUCACCUGAUUUGUUUAGAAUCCGGACCAUCUGAUUACCAUGACUCUUAAAACAAUUGGAGGCAUCUCUUUGAAGGCGGCUCUGUCCUGGAUAAAACCGCUCUGACAUCUUUAGCAACAGAACAGAAAGAGUGAAARAUGAGGUAAGAGAAAAUUGUUAAUGGAUAGGGGAAAAAACAACUAAAUCUAAGGUUACCCUGAAGGUAUUUUUUCAUGACCCUUUAGGAUUACUUUAUAUUCACCCUAUUGUAUGCGUUUUCUACCCAGCUGUACUUGUACACUGUUUUACCUCUACAUAGCUUUUUUUUGUGCGUGGGUGCAGAUUAUCGUYUGAAACAUGCAUUUAAAGUUGUGUCUGGUCGUCCCAGCAAACCAGUCAUGUUGAGAAGACCAGAUGUGUCUUCCAUUCCUGCCCACACAGUUCCUUCUUUUUUUUUUUCUGCAUUAAUAAUUUAAUUCAAACAUUCCUUACACACAUACGUACAUAUCAUACAUGGAUCAAGUUAACACACCUGAAAGCUUGACACACUAAUCGUAACCAUACAAGAAUUCACACGUAAAUACACACAGUGACAGAUGAGCCUGCUGCUGCUUGAAUGAAUUGACCUUGUGCUGAAAGACAAAAAAGGGCUGCAAACGGCAGGCAGUCUUGCAACACAGAAAAAAAAA